UUGUAUUCUACAGUCUACACUAAAAUUGUUGUUCGCCGGAGAAGUCACAGUUUUUAAAUAUUUGUUAUUACUGUGUUUUGUGACAUGUAAUGUAAUUAACAGCCCAAAGAAUUGAUACACUAAUGAACCAAAAUGAUAAACGCUCUUUUUAGAAUAUAUGAAUGGCCGUGUUCGUUAAGUGUUAGGUGUAUGUGGAAUCUUUAAAUUGCAAUGUUCCUCUUCAGGAAUGAGAACAUGAAUUAUUUCCGCUGGAGGAAAUGUUUUUUAAUAUUAAUUGUUGCUGUGUGUUGGAGAUUGGAACUUGUAAAUGGUCUGAAAUGCUACUGCAAUGUUGACAGCUCAAGCUGUCCAAAUGCAACAUGUGAAACUGAUGGCUACUGCUAUGCAUCAACAACACUUGAUAAUGGAGUACAAAAGUAUACAUACCAUUGUAUAGAGUUGAAAGCUCUGAUACCCAUCGAGCAUCCCUUCAGUUGCUCCACAACAAGAACUAGGAAUGAAUCAGUGGUGAUAGAAUGUUGUAAUUCACAUGACAUGUGCAAUCGAGGACUGCGUCUGGAGAUACAAUCGAAGCCACCAGCUGCCGGUCCCAAAAUUACGGCAUGGCAAGUUGUGCCGUGGAUCUUGGGCCUUAUGGUAAUCGGAGUCUGCGCGGCCAUAAGCAUCUGGCUCGUGAAGAGGCCACGUAAGGGACACAAGGGCCAGUCGCUGUCGCAUUACGUAACUGAGGAUUCUCUUUGCGAGACUCGACACCCAAUGAUAAAGACUACCAUCCGGGACAUGAUCGAACUAACGACGUCUGGUUCAGGAUCCGGGCUACCAUUAUUAGUUCAGAGGUCGAUAGCUCGUCAGAUACAACUUGUUGACAUAAUUGGGAAGGGUCGAUUCGGUGAAGUCUGGCGUGGUCGUUGGAGAGGCGAAAAUGUAGCGGUCAAAAUAUUCUCCUCUCGUGAAGAGUGUUCGUGGUUCCGCGAGGCAGAGAUUUAUCAGACCGUUAUGUUGCGCCACGAGCAUAUACUUGGCUUCAUCGCAGCUGAUAAUAAAGAUAACGGCACAUGGACCCAGCUGUGGCUUAUCACUGAUUACCACGAAAAUGGAUCGCUUUUUGACUUUCUGACAGCCCGCACCAUUGACUCGAACACGCUCGUCAAAAUGGCGCUCUCAGUGGCUACGGGACUAGCACAUUUACACAUGGACAUUGUUGGCACAAAGGGCAAGCCUGCUAUUGCGCAUCGUGAUCUCAAGUCGAAGAAUAUUCUAGUGAAGAGCAAUCUGACGUGCGUUAUUGGAGAUUUGGGAUUAGCGGUUAGACACAACGUAUCCAGUGACUCUGUAGACGUGCCGUCAACCAACCGUGUCGGAACCAAACGAUACAUGGCCCCCGAGGUAUUGGACGAGACUAUGGAUUCGCGACAGUUUGAUCCAUACAAACGUUCUGAUGUUUACUCGUUCGGACUGGUAAUGUGGGAAAUGGCCAGGCGCUGUGGUGGGCGUUCUGGUGGCAUGCCUGAUGAUUACCAGCCACCUUACUUUGACUGUGUUCCACCGGACCCCGCUCUUGAAGAUAUGAGGCGCGUGGUCUGUAUUGAGAAGCGACGCCCUAAUAUUCCGAAUAGAUGGCAUACUGAUCUGGUUCUGUCGGCGAUAACAAAGGUGAUGAAGGAGUGCUGGUAUCAGAAUCCCGCGGCGCGUUUGACCGCUCUGCGUAUUAAAAAAACGUUGGCGAUUAUUGGUACAUUCGAUCACAUUAAACUGUGAAAGGUCAAACCGUAUCUUCAAUAAUACUAGCUACUGUUUAAUAUCACCUUAAAUUCAAAAUCAAGCAAUAUUUUAUUGGCUUUAUAGGCUGUAUUAUGGCUAGGCACUUAGUAUUUACAUUUGCACGUUUAGAGAUGUAUUCUAUUAAAUAUUUUUAAAAUUUCAAAAAAAUUUACGUGAGCCAUGCAAUAUAUUAAUGUAUUUAAUGAGACUAUAAUAAUAGUUUUGUAAAUUAAACGGUGCUUUUGUUGAUAUUGUUUAACAUCUCUGUUGUACUUUAAAAUUUCAAUUGGACAUUCAUUUUCUAUUCAAAAGUACUUACUUAAUCAUUUUCUAAUGAAUUAACAAAUACCUUUUGAAUAAAUGAAUAUCCGAUUGAAAUUGUAAUUAAUACUUCGGCAAUAUUAAAUGUUGUUAAUAUAAUGAUUAUGAUGUAAUGAUUGUGAUGUGUUAUUGGAGGUGGCUUUUAAGGAAUAAUAUUAGCUACGAUCACAAAGUCCACACUAAUAAGGUUAGUAUGUAAACUAAUCAAAAUAAAACAGGUAUUAAGAAACAUUAAAAUGGAUCUCCGGAUCGGUAAAAUUCACAAUAGAUUUAUCAAUUCCUGACAGGGUAUAAUGUAAGUUUAAAUUUUACAUCAUAAUACGAACAUAAAGUUCAACGUUUUGUAAUAUGAGUUGUGAUAAAAUAUUUAUAAUUUCAUAACGUCUGGUGGAUUUGUAUAAAAUUUCAAUAAGUUGGCAGCCGCAGUGUGGAUUUUGUGCUUAAUAUGAUGCUUUGUCCGCCUAGUCGUGUCUCCUGAUUCUACCUCUUAGAUUAUAAUCGACUAAUAUCAGAAAGGAGCAUUUAGUGUACUAACAUGUUACAGACAUUAAGUUGUAGUGAUAUUCUUUUGUUACCAAUUACUUAGUUUUAGCUUAUUUUAUAGUUUACCCGUUAUUCCGCCGUUUGGCAUUUAUGUAUAUCAUUAUAUUUGUAUUGAUUUUUAAUUUAUUCAAUCGUCAUAACUCACUGGUUAAUAUCUGUUGGUAUUUAUAAAUCAUCAUUGUUCUGUCAAACAGAAAAAAUAGUAGUAUGCUUUCACACAUGUAGAUUUAUGAAAUAUAAUAGUUUAUGUUGAUAACAAAACACAACGGCAAUAUCAGCAAAUAAUUAAUAAUUUUAGGGCAGCGUUAACAAUAUCGCUAUUAUUCAUUUAACAUAUCACCGAAUGUUAUUAAUAAAAAAAUAGCACACAUUAAUUUUCAUUAUACGAUACAAAGUUUACGUUAUGUUUUAGUGGAACUAUAAAUGACAAGUGCAACAUAUUUCAUUAUUACUUCUUUAGUAAACGUAAGUUUAAGCUGUACAAAGGUUUUCCCUGUGAUAUAAAUUUGAAUUGCAUUUUUAUUGGUUUUCUUAUUUUGGAAAUUAUCAUUCUGUUGAUUGACAAAUCAAUUUAUUGUAUCACCACAUUCUACCAUUCGUACUUGUACAAUCUUAUACCAAAUUUAUUGCUAUGUUGACUUAGUGUCGUAUUAAGUGUGUCUUUUAGGUAUAAAUUAAUUUAAGAAUUAUUUGUAAAAAUUUCAUUUCGAGCUAAAUUCACAUGUACAAAGUUUGUGAGAUUGUUACUUGGUUGGUGUCCAGGUACAAAUCAGGGUUCCGAAUUUGAUAUGUAUAUUAAUACGAUAAAUCAUAUGCAACGUGACUGCUAUUUGAUAUUAGUGACACUGUCUUAAUUCUAUAUCUAUGCUUAAACAAUAAAACUGAAGAGAUGAUCAAUUAAACGCGCCAAUAUUUGGAUCUAUCUUUUGGACUGAAGAUAUCUUUUUGUAUAUUGUUACCAGGUUCGUGAGUAGAUAUUAAUUAUUAACACGCAUUAGGCUACACCUUUAAACCCCAUUACAAAAAAUGAGAUUUGUGAAGUAAGUCUUAAGAAUCUUAGUCAUACGUAAUUACAGUGGUCUUCAAAAGUAUUGAUACUUAGUACUUACAUAAAAAAUCUCACAUUAGAUUAAGAUUACAGAAAGCGGCAAAGAUUAUUUACAAUCCAGAUUUUAUAGCAUAUUCAUUUGACCUGGAAUUAGCUUUUGCCAUAUAUCAAUCUUAAAAUCAAAAUCUAUAUUGUAUAGAAAACGCGUAACUGUCACAUUCAUAUAAAUACCAAGCUAAAUCUACGAAUACCUACUACGUCCCCAUUAAUAGAAUGAAAAAAGAGAUUACCUAAAUAUGCAUAUGCUGGAUAUGGAUUAUAAUAAUUAUCUGGACUGCCAUUGAAUAUAGAAAUAGCUGCAUAGUCUGGUGCAAAAACAGUUGGUAGUUCGUAAUAGUAAUGACACGCACUUUACAUUGGACACUAAACAAAAAUAUUUCUCUCCUAUUAGUAUAAGGGCCCGGGCCCACCUAAAAGAGUUCAUGUACCUUUUAUUGUUAAUUUGUGAUAGGUUAAAUUAUUUAAUAAGUUUCUUUUAAAUGUAUGAUGCUGAUUUAAUUCCUGUGUACUCUUAUUAUCAUAGUUUAUAUAUAUAUCUUGUAUGUUAUAUAGAUAACGCACUAUGUAUACUACCGAAACAUUUCUCUAUUAAAUUUUAUCUAAAUUUUAAAAUCGCACCACACUGCCUUUCAAAUACGAUUUAUAAGAAAUGAUAUUUGCCUGUUACGAAAUGAAAAGUUUUACAGAUAUAGAUAUGUGAUUAGAAACCGUUGAGAUCUAUAUCGAUGAUGGAACAGUAUAACGAGUGCAUUGUUUAAUUAAUAAUUGAAAUAUUAUAGGUACAUGUUAAGCAAAGAACAUUAUAUCUGUUGAACAAAAUUAAAAAGUUAAAUUGUCGUAGCCCGUAUACAUAUUGUUGCUGUCGUAGGCGAUCGAUGAAAAUCCAUAAUUUAGCUUUAACUUCAGCGUUCAGAAAGUACUUCAGACUUUUAAUAAGGUUACAGCGUCUGACGGAUUUCUCAUCGGAAGUUGUUUAAAGUUCAAUGCAUUACGAAAUCAAAAUAAUUGUUAAACAAAACGACCGCUAUUGAAUAAUAAAAUUAAAUUUACGAUUUUACAUUGUAAUCAUAUAUAUAUAAAAAGAAGCUCGCUGAUAUUCUUGCACUCUUUCUUCUCAGGUCUGUUUCUUCUCAUCACCAUCUUUACGUAUCACUUCCUAAUACGUCACAACAGCCGACCAAUCAAAGCACGCCAAAUCAUGGGACGAGGGUAUAGAAGAGCGGUCAUUGGCUCAUUCAAUUCAGUCUUGUGCCAGAAUUUGGCAAGUCAACAUCUCCUGAGGAUGCCGUGUGUAGAGACGAAACACGUGUGAAUUGAUUCAAGACAAAUUUUACCGAAAAUGACACUGAUGAAGGCUAACAAAAAUUUAAUAAUUAUCGAUUAUCGGGCAAUUCAAUAAAUUUUCCUGGUACAAAAAGUUUUAAACUUGGAAUAAUUUUACUUCGCGUUUAUUAAUGUGUUAUGGUACUACAUAACACAUGUUAUGUUUAAAGUUAUACCAGUCCCAUUAGUGUAAUGGAUCAUAAGUUGAAUUCAAUAGAAAUUUGAUAAGCCGCACCGCUGACUACUGAUCGUUCGCCUACGUCGGCUCUUGCCUUUAUGAGCCCCAAACGUUUCGAAAGUCGAUUCCUCCGAUUUUAAAUUUAUCAAUUUUCAAUAACAUUACGAGAACAAUUUAAUAAAAUAUGUAUAUUUAAGCGUAUUGUUAUAUAAUAUUAGAUUUCAUACUUUUUCUUGGCCUAGGUUGUAGCAUUAUCAUAAUUUUCAAUAAUUCACUUAGUACGCAGUGUUCUAUUUAUAUUGCUAUAAAUAUAAUCUCAGUAUAAUCGGAAUUCAUUAAAAGCAAAUGCAUAAUGCCUUCUAAAUUUGGCUUCCCCCAACUUUACUUGAUGCCUGUGUUGCCAUUCAAUUUUUACUGAAAUGCUAUUCGAAAGCAUAAUAAAUUAAUAUUUAUUUGGGUUGCGUAAAUUGAAUGUUGUACAAUACUUGACAAACCGUUGUCUUUGUUCUCGUUUUCUUCGUUUUAACGAGUUCAUUUAAACUUAUAGAAUAAUUUCAUGCGUUUAGAAAUAGUCCGCGAUCUACUUCUAUAAUUCUUCUAAUAGUAACAUUAUUGUACCAAGCUUUGUGUGAUGUGAAUUCGAAGCGAUUCCAUCUAAAUCGGGUUUUUUCGUUUUCCAAUCCCUGGCCAAAAUCGGUCAGGCUUUUCUGGCUUACAACCAGAGGCUAUAUAAGUCGGGGCUGUACCAGAGGAAGCACAAGGCGUCUUUAAUUUCACCUGGUUCAGAAACAAAAGGCCAGGCCCUAGUGGUAACCUCGCUAGAGUAGAGUGUGAGUUGCCGGAAAUUAAUUGCUGAAUCCGGAUCUCUUCUUCUUUUCUUCGAGGCAUUAUAGAAACCUCAUUAUCUUUUCGAAAUUAUUCAUAACUUGACGCCUGAAGGCAUGUAUCAAGGGUUAUGAUGUAAGUUGACUUAAAUGUAACUUUUAUUGGAUUUUUUAUAGAAUGGUGUUCAUUACUUUUUUACUGAACUUGAGUAAUUCCAUCUAAAUCGGGCUCCUCCUUUCUCCACUCCAUGACAGGAAUCAGUGUAUCUGCUAGCAUCACUAUAAAAAACGGCUUCUUCGUUUUCUACUACCUGGCCGGAAUCGGUCAGGACCAUUUCAGUAUUUCGAUGAAUAUUCAAGCUUGAUCGUUCGGAUCAGGUGUGAGAUUGAUAUUCUUUACACACACGCGCGCACUGCUGAAUGCUGUUGAAGUUUUCCCAUUGGACUCGGUGUUGCUUGUCUGAACGAAAUCUUUUAAUUUUUUUUAUCACAAAAUUUCAUUGGUGUAGAAUUAUUGUCCAUACUCUACUUCAGUGUAUAGACACUUCUUACAGUGAUGUUACCAUAGUAACAUCACUAAGAAGCAUUUCAGUAAUUCCAUCUAAAUCUGGCUUCACCCUCCACUCGAUGAUAGGAAUCAGUGUAUCUGCUAGCAUCACAACAUUUGAAUGGUUCCAUCUAUAUCGGGCUUCUUCGCUAUCUAUUCCCUGGCCGGAAUCGUUCAGGUCCAUUUCGGUCAUUGUGAAGAAUAUGCUUGCUUGAUCGUUCGGAUCAGGUGUAAGAUUGAUAUUCUUGUCUGACUCGCGCGUAGUGCUGCACGCUAUUGUAGAAUUUCCAUUGAUCUCGUUGUCUUCUCUUCUUCUUAUAUGGUUACGUUUCAAUUUCAGUAAUUCAACAUACAAAAUUAAAUUAAUACUUAUCGUUGCGAAUAGCGCCGAAAGUUUCAACUAUUCUUGACUCAAAUUGGCGAACCUACAAGUAAUUGAACUGAUCUUCCUUACGAAAAAUUUCUGCUUGGGCAUAUAGCGAUCGAUUAGCAGGGGGUUAAGUGCUCGGCAACUUAGAUGAGCCUUUUUUCUCCUACAAUUCCCAAAUGGGCACUAUUCAAUUUAUCAGAAUAGUUAGUUCUGUUAUAUUUCCAGACGGCUCGUAAAACAAUAUCUCUCAGGCGAGAGGAAGCCAAGUUGAUGAUGACUUGGUCUUGAUCUCGUUGAGUCCCCAUUCGCCUUAGCCACUCUUGAGCAAACCAGAACAUCUUUUUUCUAAAAUGGACAAGAGAUGAUUUUACCAAGCUGUACAGUAACGGACACCAGGUUCUCAUUUGAGUGUUCAGGAAAGCACUGCAAGUCUAUAUUACAGUCUAUUCAUCUAAAACGGCUACUCACGGUUUUUGUUAGUUGGUACCGACUAGAUUCCGACCAUUCAGAGGUUGCAAUUUGCAAUUCUCUUCAUGCAAAUUUUGACUCUCAGAACGCAGCACUUUUCUUCACAAAUUCUUUGUGUUUCACAGAGCUUAUUUGACAAAAUGCAUGGGGUGAGGGGCUGUGUUGGGCGGGUUGAGCUUUCGGUAAAAGUGUUCAGUAUGUAAGAGGCUACACCUUGAAUAGUUUGCAUUAUUUUUAGUUAUUCUUGGGUCACCUUACUGCUGUACGCUGUUGUAGAUUUUCUAUUGAUCUUGGUUUCUUUGUUUCAACGAGCUCUUCUAAUUUUUUACACGAAAAUUUCUGUAGUGUAGAAAUAAUCCGUACUCUAAUUCAGUGUGUAUGGUAACGUUACUGUAAGAAGCAUUUCAGUAAUUCCAUCUAAAUCUGGCUUCGCCCUCCACUCGAUGAUAGGAAUCAGUGUAUCUGCUAGCAUCACAACAUUUGAAUGGUUCCAUCUAUAUCGGGCUUCUUCGCUAUCUAUUCCCUGGCCGGAAUCGUUCAGGUCCAUUUCGGUCAUUGUGAAGAAUAUGCUUGCUUGAUCGUUCGGAUCAGGUGUGAGAUUGAUAUUCUUGUCUGACUCGCGCGUAGUGCUGCACGCUAUUGUAGAAUUUCCAUUGAUCUCGUUGUCUUCUCUUCUUCACCUUACUGCUGUACGCUGUUGUAGAUUUUCUAUUGAUCUUGGUUUCUUUGUUUCAACGAGCUCUUCUAAUUUUUUACACGAAAAUUUCUGUAGUGUAGAAAUAAUCCGUACUCUAAUUCAGUGUGUAUGGUAACGUUACUGUAAGAAGCAGAUCAGUAAUUCCAUCUAAAUCUGGCUUCGCCCUCCACUCGAUGAUAGGAAUCAGUGUAUCUGCUAGCAUAACAACAUUUGAAUGGUUCCAUCUAUAUCGGGCUUCUUCGCUAUCUAUUCCCUGGCCGGAAUCGUUCAGGUCCAUUUCGGUCAUUGUGAAGAAUAUGCUUGCUUGAUCGUUCGGAUCAGGUGUGAGAUUGAUAUUCUUGUCUGACUCGCGCGUAGUGCUGCACGCUAUUGUAGAAUUUCCAUUGAUCUCGUUGUCUUCUCUUCUUCACCUUACUGCUGUACGCUGUUGUAGAUUUUCUAUUGAUCUUGGUUUCUUUGUUUCAACGAGCUCUUCUAAUUUUUUACACGAAAAUUUCUGUAGUGUAGAAAUAAUCCGUACUCUAAUUCAGUGUGUAUGGUAACGUUACUGUAAGAAGCAUUUCAGUAAUUCCAUCUAAACCAGGCUCCUCCGUUCUCCACUGCAUGACAGGAAUCAGUAUAUCUGCUAGCAUCACAAUGUAAAGCUUUUGAGUCCAUUUAAAUCGGGCUUCUUUGUUCUCCACUCCCUGGUCGGAAUUGGUCAGGUCUAUUUCAGUAUUGCGAAGAAUAUGCAUGCUUGAUGGUUCGGAUCAGGUGUGAGAUUGAUAUUCUUUACACACACGCGCGCACUGCUGAAUGCUGUUGAAGUUUUCCCAUUGGACUCGGUGUUGCUUGUCUGAACGAAAUCUUUUAAUUUUUUUUAUCACAAAAAUUUCAUUGGUGUAGAAUUAUUGUCCAUACUAUACUUCAGUGUAUAGACACUUCUUACAGUGAUGUUACCAUAGUAACAUCACUAAGAAGCAUUUCAGUAAUUCCAUCUAAAUCUGGCUUCGCCCUCCACUCGAUGAUAGGAAUCAGUGUAUCUGCUAGCAUCACAACAUUUGAAUGGUUCCAUCUAUAUCGGGCUUCUUCGCUAUCUAUACCCUGGCCGGAAUCGUUCAGGUCCAUUUCGGUCAUUGUGAAGAAUAUGCUUGCUUGAUCGUUCGGAUCAGGUGUGAGAUUGAUAUUCUUGUCUGACUCGCGCGUAGUGCUGCACGCUAUUGUAGAAUUUCCAUUGAUCUCGUUGUCUUCUCUUCUUCACCUUACUGCUGUACGCUGUUGUAGAUUUUCUAUUGAUCUUGGUUUCUUUGUUUCAACGAGCUCUUCUAAUUUUUUACACGAAAAUUUCUGUAGUGUAGAAAUAAUCCGUACUCUAAUUCAGUGUGUAUGGUAACGUUACUGUAAGAAGCAUUUCAGUAAUUCCAUCUAAAUCAGGCUCCUCCGUUCUCCACUGCAUGACAGGAAUCAGUAUAUCUGCUAGCAUCACAAUGUAAAGCUUUUGAGUCCAUUUAAAUCGGGCUUCUUUGUUCUCCACUCCCUGGUCGGAAUUGGUCAGGUCUAUUUCAGUAUUGCGAAGAAUAUGCAUGCUUGAUCGUUCGGAUCAGGUGUAGGAUUGUUAUUUUUGUCACACUCGCGCGCACUGCUGUAUGCUCUUGUAGAAUUUCCAUUGGUCUCGGUGUCUUCUUCUCAACGAGUUCUUUUGAUUUUGUAUCUGGUGUAUAUUUGAUUGAUCUUGAUGGAUAUUUAUUCUUGAGAAUAUGGAAAUGGGCCAGCUAGGCAGUAAUGCGGUAUGGCUUUAUUUAAUAAAUAUUUGUCACAAAUAUAUACUAGUGGGAGGAUUAUUUGUACAAAAAGCCGGCUAGAUGGGGUACCACAGUGGGUGGGUACACAUUAUGUUUCAGUUUUACUAUUACUGGACUAAUGACCCUCCUCAACAGUAUUACGCUAGCUGCUUGCGAGAUUUAUUGACUAUGUGGAUCGCAUUUCCGUCUCAGGAUUGCGAACAAAUGCAUACCGCACGUCAAUUCCUGACUUGGAUCCAACAGUAAUCAGAGCUGCCUUGGGAUCGCAAGCUAUCUUCAGUUUCACCUGGUUUAGUAAAAAGUUUGUAAAAGUAGAGUCUGAUUAGAUGAAUGUUUCAACGCAUUUAUGUCAAAAUAUGUCUCUUUUUGUUCUUUCGCCUUUUCACGGAAACGGCACGCAGACAGCUCAUGCUAUGAGGAGUAAGUAUGACCACUUUAAUUGAGAAUUCUUAUCAGGACCACGACUGAGACAUAAUUUUCGAAUGAGUAUAGUAGUUUUUGAUCGUUGAUAAGUCGUUUUCGUUUUUGGCCCUAAGCGCAUUGAUGUAAUUUUUUAAAGGUCUUUUGUCUAAUCUAUAUAAAUACGGUUGAUAAGUACAAUAAGAUACAGUAAUGUUGGCUGGAGCAAUUUUUAGAAUCAAUUUGAAAUUGACGAGAAAUAGGAAACAAACAAUAAACGGAUGUGUGAUUCUAGUUUUAGCUAUUACAGGUACCGUCCACCUGUCAACAAUUAUCAUUUCACUAAGUGCAACACUUAUUACAUCACAGCAGGAUUUGCUAAAUAGUAAAUAUUAUAUAUGGGCUUAAGCUGUAAAUUUAUCAACCCAUAAAAUUAGUUUUGCUUAGAUGAAAUAAAUAUUAAUAAUCCUAAUAUGAACACUGCCACAAGUUUGAAGUAUAAGGUUUAUAUAAUAUACACAUAUUACCUAUAUGGCCACUAGAACAAAAAACCAAUUUGCACCGAUGUCUUUUGGCAUUGCGUCACUGUUCCACUCUGUAUGUCGCAAUAAAAUAGGUAUAACUGCAUUAUUGAAUUUAGUGUUACUAAAUAUUUGUUCGAUCGGUUAUAACGCGUUAUUUACAAAAACAGAUCUCAGCAUCUUAGAAUUUUCCAAUACACGUGCAAUAAUCUUUUUUAGAAAUAUAAUAUAUAUAUACUGAAGAAGUUUUUAGAACGAUUUAUAACAAAAUUUUUAUAUGCCUUUGUAUAAUAAUAUUGACAGAAUAAUUAUUCCUAACGGUACACAACUAUUAACGCACAUAAACUUUGAUAUACAUUUAUAUCUUAUUAAGAGAGGCUCCAUGCGUUGAUGGUAAAAACAUAGUCUGCUUUACAAAAAAUAUUUUAGGCAUAUCAUGUUUAAAUAUAGUCAAUAAUUAUAAAUUCCCUUAAUGGUAACGUAAAAAUAAAAUCGUGUUAGUCUACUUCCAUAUUGUCUAUAACUGUGAUUAGCAUUGGAAGUUAUAAUAGAAUUAUCGAAAGUCUUAAUUAGGUAUACCAUUUGUAGUUUUAUAUUGUAAUAAUAACAACUAGUAAGUAAAACUAACGUAUAAAAUAAUAUUAGGUAUAGUCUUAAGAUAUUCCCAACGAUGUGUAAUGAAUACAUUUCUCUGGGCGCACAGCGUGAUACUUUCGUAUGUAACGUAAGUUAUCUACAUGUUUAUUUCAAUUAAUUUUUGGAUGUGUUAAAGCUUAUGUGAUGUACGGAAGUAGAUAUUACAGCAGUAAACAACUACUGUAUGAUUUUCACGUUUUAUGUGUGACAGAAGCUACCUUUUAGUACAAGAAAUUACCAAGAGCAAUAAAUAUGAAACAACAAAAAUGUAUGUACAUCGUCAUAUCACUUUAUUUUAAGAAUCCGUUGAUUCCAAAUGGUUUUCAUAUUAUGUAAAAAAGUAUAGCAUUAUUUAAAUAUUAUCAUUUUUGUGUAAGGUUUAUUAAUUGUUUAUGGAGUGGUUAUCUUAAUAUAAAACAAGUGUUUUAUAAA